AUGUCGGGCGACAACGAUCUUUUUAUAUCUCCGUUUCUGAAUAUAGACCCAUCUCUCCUUGUUAAUGUACUUCCGUAUUCUUUACUUUCACACACAUUCCUUAAUAGGACCCAUCUGACCAGUUCAUAUUCCCCGACGGAGAGAAGCAUCGAGGUCGUUUCGAAAGGUCAUUCUCGGAAAUCGGUUCUAUGGUCAUUGGCGGUAGUACCUUUUAUAGUGGACUUUUAUCCUUUAGGCGCCGCCUUCGGUUGUUCGAGGGCCUUCUACAACGCCAUUAACGAUCCGGACAUAAAGAAACUGCCUUCCCGCGCGCUCCAGCGCACGCAAAUACUGAAUCACGUGACUAAAUCUGGUGGUUCCUGGGCGCAGACGACUGGCAGCAUCGGUCUGAUAUACGCGUUGGCAGAUUUUUCUAUUCAUAAAUUGCGUGGUGGUGCCGAUGAUGAAAUAAACACUGUCGCUUCUGCUACCACAACUGGAUUGCUUUACCGAUCUCCAGGUUAGUUGCUUCCGUCCGCUAGAAGCUCUCUAAAACCGCAUACCAGUAGCAGCAUAAUGUUUGAUGCUUAAGAUGAACUUGGUCAUCUGAGUGAGCUCGAGACUGUAGCGUACCUUUCACACCACUUGAAGUAAAAGCCACAUGGACCACACUUCCUGGUAUAUAAUUUAUGGAACAUUGGGUAGUUGUCCUAUUUGAUCCACUUGUCGAAAAGGCUUACUUUUGUGCUCCCAUUUCGUUUGAGUGGACUGAAGCUAUUAGGAAGCGGUUAUGCAUUUUCUUGCUCAUACUACUUUAUCGUGAGUUAAUAUGGGUGGUGGGAGUUGGGACGUCAUUACGUUUCCAAUUGGAUUCGACAAAUCAAUUAUCACAGUUGAGCCGUGGAAGAUUCCUGCCCUGCAUGCCUGUUUUGUCUAUUAUGACUACAGUUAAGCACACUUGGAAUGAAACUUUCAGGGCAUCGAUCGUCUUUGCCGUCUGUUCUCCUCACACCCUUUUCCUGUGUGUACGUUUCAUUUCACCUGUUUCUCUUCCCUCGACCUCUCUAAUUUCAACACUCGUAUGCAAAGACGCAUCUUUUGCCAGAGACAGUUGAACGUCAUUGUAAAACUGGUACACUAGGCAAACCGGAGCUGCUCGUGAGAGGGGUAAGACCAGAAGAGACAUGAAAUCGUAAGGGGAUGAUCGAAAGGCCAUGUCCCCUCUUACAAACCAACCUGAUUUAGCUGCGUUCUGUUAUUUGGGACCGUCGAAAGUUUGCUCUGGGAUUAAUGAUGAAAAUCUUGACAGAGGCUUCUACUAAGCCUGCAACGUGACGGUCGUCAAACUGAUCCAUUUGGUUUUUCAUUAUCUCAGGGAGGGUAGGAUCAGGUCAAAAUCUAUUUCAGUUCGGGGUCGGAAUGAUCUCUAAAAUCAUCGCUUGGGGAUUUUGCUAUCCUUCUUGUAUACCAUAGCUUAUCUGACGUCUUCUCUGUGGAUUAUGUUAUCAUCCAAGCUCGUUGGUCGCAAAAGACAUGCCGUAGCUGCGGGAUGGAGCUAGUCAGAUAAAAGAGGGCGAUGGGAAACCAUUCAUUGGGAAAAGGUCCUCAGUCUUUAAACCAACGGUCUGACGUAGACACAAGUCACUAUUAGAAAAUUCUCCCGCGAUCUAGCGUUCCAUCUGAAGUCGCCUGCUACCAUCGGUCUUUGGAUCCUAUUCUUCUGAGCCGAAGAUCUCCUGUCGAUGUGGUUUUCUGUCCUCGCGCAGGGCGCCUUUUUUUGCGCACCUUGACUAUGCGGUUCAUAUUAGGCUGUUUCUAUGCCGAUCAAUCACAAUAGAGGGUCUAAUUUGCUUUGUGAAAUUACCAGCUACUCCAUCCACACGUUCUGAUUCAAAGCGAGUUUUAAAUUUGAUUCUCAGCUUUCUAAUCUGCCUGCGGCUCCCAUACUUUUUUCGCCAAGAUAUCAUCCGUUUCAUUUAUUUGGUGUAUCGGCAUCACAAUACGAGGGUUAUAAACUAUUGCCUUAUGAUCAGAUUCUUGAGCCAAACCCCAGAUAAAACAGCCGCGAACAAGCAAUCCGAGUGGUUAGUGGGGGCCUAUGCGCCCUUAAAAUCCCUUGGAAGCCUUGUGCGUAAUAUGUCUGAAAAUGUCACGAUCUAUGUUUCGGCGUCCGUGUGAUCACCCGUGAUCUAUUUCAAGAAUAUCGAUGGACAGCAGGCUAGGCGGACUGCCACCUGGUACUGGACGUUGAGUGCAGGAGUCAACUUCCACUUCACGACGGCAGACACGGAGUCGCGACGGGUCUAUCGUAACAGGCAAGCCUGCUUUCAUGGGAAUCCGCCGGUGACCGACUACCUUUCGCACGAGUUAAGGUGCACUUUACCAAUACCUUUGUCGUUUAUUUCUGUAUGUUAACACGAACUGUUGACUAGCUCGAUGAAGAAAUUUGCUCGCAGCUGCAAUAAAUGGUUGGAGGACCCUCUUGCCAUGAUCUUUAGAUAGUUGCUGGGGUCUGGAACUACCAGACUUGACAGUAACUUUCUGGACAAUCACUUCAUUGUUUAUCUCCGUCUUGGUUCUCACUGACAAUGAUGGAGUAACGUCAGGCUUUUCUGAUCCGAACCGACUAUCUGCCAUCGGCGCAAUCUGAGCGGCGCCGUGGGCAUUGGCUAACCUGACAUUCAAACGAUGAUCUUAGGGCCUGCCUGACUACACCAGUAAGUUGAGGGUUUCAUGGGUGUGUUCAUGAUAACAAAUCGGUGCAUGGCGCCGAAACCAGCAAAACUUUUCCGCCCUCAGGAUACCUGUUUUUAAUGUCGUGAAACCGCGACAACCGUGUUCCUGUACUUCGAAAGAUGGCAAUGUCUUCAUUAUCACCGGCUUGAGGGGACGAUUGGGAACGUGUCCAACGAGCGUGACAGUGAAAUGUAACUCUGACAUUGUCAUCCUAUAAACGUGCUCUCCUGCGGUUGCCGUUCCCCUUACAUUAAAUGGUCCGAGCUUAUUUAGAUGAUAAAAUCCUCCAACAUGUCAGUUGUCUUUGACACUACCACCUCGAUCUUCUGCUUGUGUCACACACAUGCACACGAACCAGACCUUUGGGAAGAAGCCCGUGACCUCUCGCUGAAAUGCGAGACCAUUGCCGUCCAGUGUACAAUCCCGCUAUUUCGUCAAUCGACAGCAUUUCAACCUGCGACCUUCAAGCCAUUGUGGAACGGCGAGUGGAAGAUUGUUGCGGUCUAGCCCACUCUUCUUCUUUCCAAUCAAAUGCUAUUGACAUGUCUGAGCCAAGCCAACCAGAGAUAGUGCUACACACAAUGGCUGACGUGGUGCAGGGUUUCCACCGAAAGUCUAUUUGAUUCAUGUUUAGGGCCAGGAGAACUGCGCAGUCCAUUUUGCGACCCCUGCCUCCAAGGACACAUGAAAAACCACCAAACAGUCGUCUCGAGCAUUUUGAGGCUUUAGCGUACGUUUCUUCAUUCAUGACUUUGGGUCAGGCAUGCGUGCAGGAAACUGUAAAUUCGUCUACCCGAUGUGCAAGAGGUAGUUUCACUGUUGUGAGACAGCAGUAGACGGAUUUGGCCACUGGGAUGCAAGUACGAUCCUCUGACUGUCAAACACAGACUUAAAGCGGGCUAGUUGUCACUGAUUGCCAUGCAAUCUCCGCGUAGUUUUUCUCACACUUUACUGCCGUUUAGAUGACACCUUUAAAUGAGGCUUUGAACGUAAGAAACACCCGGUCUUGCUACGGCAAGAGCUUUCAACCGAGCUCCUUUUGGCUGACCGGCUAUCCUUCAAAAUUAGCACAGAACUUAGGGGCUUAGCCAUGUUGUACUCCUUUCAGACGUUGGUUUGAACUCUGACGGUGCAUCUGGUUGGUCGAGCUCAAAUUUGAUUUAUUUCAUUUCUCCUUUUUCAGGCCUUUUCAGCCCCGGAGGAUGGCGAAGUUGCGCGCGUGGCGGGCUCGUUGGGCUCACUGUUGGCCUGGCGAUAGCUGGCUUCACCAGUUGGGAUCGCAUUAAAGAACUGCUGGGCAGUUCUUAA